CCCGAAUCUAUUAUCCUGUGUGCAAUGUCUCUCCAUAUGGCACUGAGCUCGAAGAGUCUUGAGUUUCAGUCCCAUGACGCCCAGUUGGUCCUUGAUAUGCCCCCGUAGGAUUGCGGGGAUAUACAAUAGUGCUCACGCUCGUCAAGAGGCUUCAAAAAGUCCCCACUCCCUUGCACUGAGCUACCACAAAAUUGCGUUCUCAUCCUCCUCAAGACGGACUCACAGGUUCAACUAGAUCUGCAAAAGACGAUGUCGUCCUCACACGGCGAAUCUACCCAAGAUGCUGCCGUAGGCAUUCCCGAGGCUCUCAUGAUCGGCACGGCCAAAGCGAACUUCGACAAGCCGAUUGACUACAGCACCGUCGCAGACAAAGUAGCCAUCAUUGUCGGCGGCGCUUCUGGCAUAGGUCUUGCUAUCGCGACAGAAUUGGUCCGCCAUGGAGCACUCGUCGCGAUCCUAGACAUUAACGAAGCGAAUGGUGCCACUGCAACACGUGAAUUGCUAGAAAUUCGGGAGCGGAGUGCAAAGUUCAUCCGCACAGAUGUUGUUUCCUGGGAUUCACAAAAGUCAGCAUUCAAGGAGGUUCUCUCGUGGGCCCGGAAUCGCAUUGACAUUGUUGUUUUCAGCGCUGGCCUCCGCCCAAACAACAUCCGCGAAUACCUAAAUCCCUCAAAUCUCGGUACAGAACCCUCCGCUCCUCCGACGACUACGCUCGACGUCAACGUCACAGGCGCAUACUUCACAGCUCAUCUUGCUACCUGGUACUUCACCGUCAUUGCGCGUGAGCAGCAGCAGUCUGCCUUGAUUGUUCCUCCGGAUAGCGCGAUCGACGUCAUCAUCCCCCCAUUUCGUCCUCAGCUGCUUCUCUUGGGAUCGCUCGCCAGCUACUAUGAUCAGCACGGUUGUCCCGACUACGGCGCCUCCAAACAUGGCAUCCGCGGGAUAUGGGGCGCACUCCGUCACGACACCGCAGACUUCGCAAACAUGCAAGUGAACCUACUCGCGCCUGGCUAUACAGAAACGCCCUUAAUGGAACCAGCCGUGUUUGCUUCAUUACGUGAUAACGGAAUCUGGGUGGCGGACACUACAGAUGUGGUCGCCGGUGCGAUGAGAUGUCUUUUUGAUCCGGAGGUAGAAGCACGUGCUAUCUGCAUCGCGAGAAACUUCGAUGGUGUACCCGGGAGCGGGAACUUUGAUCUUUCGGAUGACCCGAAUGAAUUUUGUGGUGGAAGAGAGGUAUUGGAACAUUAUCGCGCGGGCUCUUUCCAUCGUGUAGCUGGCCACAGAGAAAAUAAUUCAUAGCUGCCUGGCCUUGAGCUGAUGCAAACAGCGGUUGAGCGGUUAGUACUUCUCGCCCGAGCCGCAUCGACGCUAGGUAUCCUAUACACUCGACUUAUCUUUGAGUCUUGCAGUACCUUAUAGUAAUAGAAUAUAAACAUCGAUCGAAG